GAACAUGGCAUCUUUAAAGUUUACGUCAGAGUUAGGAUUUGCUAUGAUCCUAACUUUAAUUUCAAAAUAUAUUUUAAAUGUAUCGAAAUGUGAAGUUUCAGGAAUUUUACUGAUAUAAUACGCAUAAUUAGCUACAUCAUAUAGAAUAUUACAAAAACCUAAGGUAUAAGAUAGAACAUAACCUAAGAGGUGUAAGUGUUGUGAUUUUUGAAGAUUUUCUGCUGUGAAUUAUGGCGUUACAGUUGUCCAAACGUGAAGUAGAAGACCUAAGAUCCUCCCUCGAUCGUGCAAUCUAUAGAACUAUAGGAAAAUCAGAUAGUUCACUACUAUACACGGUGUCUUCAUGCCUGACAAACGGGUAUGAGCGCCGUAAGAUUAUAGAUAAAAUAUCAUCACACAUUGAUUCGAAGAAGGCCAGCAAACUUGCUGACAAGAUCAUAGCCCUCGCACAGGAGCUGAUCUCAUCAUCCAAGAGCCAGAAACGGAAAUAUGAAGAUAAAGAAAAAGACAAAGAUAGUAAAAGAUCUCGUCACGAAUCCCGCGAGGAGAGACGGGAGAAGGAUGACAGAGAGAGAAAGAGUGACAACGGAGAGGAUUUACCGACCAUCUCGGAAGGGGACACCAUUGGCUCAAAGAUGACUGGACUCAGUGCUGAUAAGAUCAAGGUCAUGAUGGCGAAUGCUCAGAAGGAAAUUGAGGAGAGGAAGCGAGCUCUGAUGGCUAUCAAGGGGGAGUCUCGGAACGUGAGCACGGCCGCGGCCGCCGCGCAGCAGCUCAGGGCCCACGUGGCCGGGGGCAUAGCACCCCCUAGCGUCAUCAAGCCGAUAUUAUACUCCAAACCAGCCGUCACGCCGACAACCGCCGAGGAGUUGGAGAAGCAGAGGAAGAUAGCGGAGCUGCAGGCCAGGAUACAGAGGAAGCUGGCGGGUGGCGCGCUGGCUGCGACCGGGGGCUCCGGGCCCGCGCCCCUCAUACUGGACAGGGAGGGUCGCACCGUGGACACCAGCGGCAAGAGGGUGCAGCUCACACACGUGGCGCCCACCUUGAAGGCCAACAUAAGGGCGAAGCGGCGCGAGGAGUUCCGCGCCCAGCUGAGCGGGCAGACCACGGAGGCGGUCAACGAAGCCCCCUGGCAGGACGAGCGGCUGGCCAGCAAGCCCCCGGCGAGGACGCGCAGGGCGCUCCGCUUCCACGAGCCCGGGAAGUUCACACAGCUGGCGGAGAGGCUCCGGAUGAAGGCCCAGCUGGAGAAGCUGCAGACUGAGAUAUCUCAGAUAGCUCGGAAGACGGGCAUCUCCUCCGCCACCAAACUGGCGUUACUGGCCGCCGACACGCCGGAGGCACAGAGAGUGCCGGACAUAGAGUGGUGGGACAGCGUGAUCCUGAUGACCCCCGAGGAGAGGGAGGCGAGGGCGAAAGCCGGCGACGACGAGAGGUCGUUCAGCGAGCGCGUGGAGGCCUGCAACACGGGACACGACGACAUCGUGGAGAACCUCAACGAGGACGCCAUCACCAACCUGGUGGAACACCCGCAGCAGCUCAGACCGCCCACCGAACCUCUGAAACCGACUUACAUGCCGGUGUUCCUCACCAAGAAGGAAAGGAAGAAGCUCCGCAGGCAGAGCAGGAGAGAGGCCUGGAAGGAGGAGCAGGAGAAGGUGCGUCUGGGGCUGGAGGCGCCGCCGGAGCCCAAGCUCAGGAUAUCCAACCUGAUGCGCGCCCUGGGGACGGAGGCUGUGCAGGACCCCACGGCCAUUGAGGCCAGGGUCAGGGAGCAGAUCGCCAAGAGGCAGAAGACACACCUCGAGGCCAACAAGGCCAGGGCGCUCACCAAGGAACAGCGGAGAGAGAAGGUGGAUAGGAAAAUACGCGAGGACACGUCUAUGGGGGUGCACGUGGCGGUGUACAGGGUGAAGGACCUGUUCGAGAGCGCCUCCGCCAAGUUCAAGGUGGAGGUGAACGCGCGCCAACUGCACAUGACGGGCUGCGUGGUGCUGCACCGAGCCUGCUGCGUGCUGGUGCUGGAGGGGGGGCCGCGGCAGCACGAGAAGUACAAGCGCCUGAUGCUGCACAGGAUAAAGUGGGAAGAGGAGACCGUGAAGAACGCCGACGACAGCGAGGGUCCGAACUCGUGUACGCUUGUCUGGGAGGGGGUCGCCGCCAGGAGGGCCUUCGGGGACAUUAAGUUUAAGGUGAUGCCGACGGAGAAGCAGGCGAGGGAGUUCUUCGCUAAGCACGGCGUCGAGCAUUACUGGGACCUAUCGUACAGCGGGGCCGUGCUGGGGCCAGCGGAGGAGCCCUAGGGCUCCCACACGACACAAUAAACCGGAUUUGACACAA